ACAAUGAACAUCACCGAGGUAGCAUUGUGAGUAUUUCUUUCACGGUAAAACACCCAGGCUUAAUACUAUUUUAUCGUGACCGAGUAUGGAUCGAUUGACUAAAUGUAUCCUUGUCCUAGCUUGGAAAAUAGCAGUAGUCGGAGCACAGUGUCCUUCUGGAUUUGCUUGUUCAGGUCCGUCGUGUAUCCUAAUAUACCCUACAAGUAAUGGUUGGAAAUAUAGAAAUACAAACGGAGACAUUCGUAUUGCAGCUUUAGGCAAUGUCUCUACAUCACCAAACUGCUACAAAUUUAUAAGAGUGAACAGAAAAGGCCAAUCAUGUGUUGAUGCUCAGCGUGAAUGCGAACAAGCAGGUGGCAACAUCACCGAAAUAAACAGCAUUGACGAGUAUGAGCGUUUGACAAAAAACGUGCUAAACAUUAUAAGUGUUUUGGAAGUUAGUACAUUCAGUGUUCACGUCAUAAACCUGCCACUUGAUCACAUACGUAUAGGAUGUGCAACAAUUACAGUACAAGAUGGAUAUUUUUUUAAUAACUUAAAUAUUAAAAAUACCCAUUGCACCACAACCCACAUGGUAAACACUAUUUUCUGCGAGCACACGGACGUGCAUACGGGAAUUUGUUCUAUGCCAGGGGCCACCGAAAAAAUGCUAAAACCAACAAUAUCGGUUCAUCAGACAAGUCAUAUUUGGUCUAGGUCUUUCACUAAUUUUUUUGUUACAGACAAGACAAUAUCAGGACACACUCCAACUGAAUUUACACAUUCAUCAAAGGAAACCCUAUCAGAAAUGAAAGUGGGUCCUAGCUUGCGGAUUGUUGCUGUUAUAAUGUCGAGUGUCGUGGUCACAAUCGCAAUCAUUUUACUAAGUUUCUUGCUUGUCCGACACAGACAGAGAACAACAAAACCAGGAAAUGGCAAACCGGUAGAUAAAGUUGAAUAUCAGGACUAUGUAUAGCUGAAGGUACACACGAAUAUGCUACACAUAACUAUGUUGUCCAACACCAGAAAACUACAGCUGACGAAGUUGUAUACCAGGAUGUAGAAGAUAUCGAUAACAAUGAAUACGAUGAUACUGCAGUUGAGGUGGUGUACCACGAUACCGCAGUUGAAGUGCUAUACCAGAAUUCAAGAAACAAGUUUCGGGCACUAGACUAGGGCUGAUGCAGGAUUUGGCGGUAGGGGGUGCUUGAGAAUCCACACCACCUCAGGGCCUCCAUGGCUGCGGGGCGGAUCCAAACAUUUUCUGACGGGUGGGCACAUUGCCAAUAUGGAGUCCUAGAUGGCGGGAAAUGAGCUUUCCCGACUUCUGCUGAGGUGUCUUUUAAUGUCG